AUGCAGUCCUUCCUCGGAGGCCUCAACUACUACAGCCGAUUCAUUGAGGAUCUCGCAAUCUAUGCCUCGAUCUUGUACGAGCUGCGAGAGGUCGACUUCUAUGAGAUGAGCCGGAACCCUGGUCAAAAGACUGGGGACGAAGUACAUUCUGACGAUGAAAUACUGACGGCGCCGACAGACGAAAAGGACAAGUGGGACCGAGCGCAGGCGGUGUUUGAGAUAUUGAAGAACAAGAUCGCGACGGCUGUCAUUUUGAUCCGGACUGGGUACCGGUGUCCAACGAGCUCAACUAUGCCCGACCUAACGGUGAAUGAGGAGGAGUACCAGGGCCUGUUGUUAGGCUUUGAUCUACUCUCCAGCAUGGACCGGGGACGCCUGAUCACCCCAACUUAG